AUUAUACCAUACAUUGCUGUUUUAUAAAGUUUGUAGUUCAUUUAUUUUGGUUUAUUUUUAUGGUUUGAAGCAAUUGAAAGCCAUGAAUAAAGCAAAUUUAAUCAGGGUUUAUGAAGGUAAAUCGAUAACAGAAAUCUAUUUCAAGUAUCGACCACCGUAUCCGCCAAUCGUGCCACAGGCUAUUAUGGAAUAUUUGAGUGAAAAAAUGGGCUCAAGCCCACAAAGCAAGAAGUUUGAAAAAAUGUUAGACGUUGGCUGUGGCGCCGGGCAAUCUACCUUCAUAUUUGCCCCAUUUUUUCGCUCAAUAUUAGGAAUCGACAUCAGUGAAGCUCAAAUAGAAAAGGCGAGAGAGAUUAACGAAACAGAAAAUAUAUCUUUCCAACUUGUUAACGAUCAUAGAUUUCCUGUUGAAGAUAACAGCAUCGAUCUGGUGGGUUGUGGAACUGCUGCUCACUGGCUCAACAUACCGAAGUUUUUAGAAGAGUGCAAAAGAGUCUUAAAGCCAAAUGGUUGCUGCGCCAUCUACGUUGAUGUAUUGAAAGGCAUCAGUAAUGUCGGACAGAAAGACGCAGAAAAACCAAAACCAAAAAGUUUGAUUGAUAUAAAUGAUAUCGUUAUCAAAUUUUCUCAAAACGUUCAUGCACACGACAGGAACUAUGAAUGUUAUAAUGGCUACAAAUGUAUUUAUGAAGAAAUCCAACAAGGCAACAAGCACUGGCUGAAGAGGCUUGAACACGAGAUGCUUUUAACGUUGUCGCAAUUCAAAGCAUUUAUUUCAACUAUGGGUGAUUACCAUAUUUUUAUGGAAAAAGAGAAGCCAUCAAUUGAUCCGCUUGACGUCUUUGCAAGUGACAUCAAAAGAGCUCUUGAAAGAGAGAAUGAAUCGGAUGACGACGUAAAACUGCUUCUCAAGCUUGAAUAUAAUGUUAUCGUCUGCACAAAGCAGUAGUUAAUGGAUUUAGUAAUUUAAUAUUAUAUGAAACCAAAAUUUGAAUAACUUGAGUACUGGACGUUAGCUCUAUCAUAUAGACAGUAUAUAUUCAAUGGAAAUUUUGCUUCCAUCACACAUAAAAUUGCUAUUUCACAAACAGAGUGGUCGUGUUCAUCUCAGAUUUUGUAUCUUAUGCAGUUUUCCUGCGAAUAGAAAUGACCGGAAAAGCCCCAUUACAUUGGUGAGACAUUGCUAAAACAUUGCCUGGUGGAGUGCGCUGAUAUUCUGCUGAGCAAGUCUUCGGCGUCAAAGAUGAAGCAGGUCUUCUUGUCCAAUAACAAUGAUGCGCAUUUUCGAAAAUAGACCCCGACAUACAUCUAUCAUGUCAAAAAAACAAUGGCAAAAUUGAUAUUGAUAGUGUAAUGUAAAUUCUGAUGCGUUUAUUACUUAUUACUUAUCGACUUCGAUCGGUAAGUAUGUUGAUAGGUAUUUGUCUGUUUAUUUCACUUUCGUAUGUUACGCGAUAUCUCACGAAAGCGAGGAUGAAUCUGCUCCAAAUUUAGCAUGUGCAUUCAUCAUAUCUCGGACCAGAAGCCUAUUGAUUUUGGAUGAAUUUUUAUGUCGUAUAAUUAGCGAGUUAUUAAUUG